AUGGUGAGGAAGACAGAAGAAGUGGUUGUGAUAAAAAAAGUCAAUGCUUCAAAUAAAAAACAAGAGAGAAAACCACCAAGUAAAGGUGGCUUUUCAAAAACAAAGGAUAUUGCGGUUGUAAAGGGUAGUGAUGCGAAGGUUUCAAAAACAAAGGAAAUUGAGGUUGUAAAGGUUAGUGAUACUGAAGAUACAACUUCUUUGGAACUUGAAGCUGAUGAUACAAAUUCUGAUUCCUCAGAAGCUGAAGAUAUGAACUCUGAUGAAUCAGAAACUGAAUAUAUGACUGCUGAGAAAUCUGAAACUGAGAAUAUAAAUUCUGAGGAAUCAUCAGAAGAAGUUGAGGAUUCAGAUGAUGAGCCACCAAGCUCUCUCGCGGAUUUGGAUAUAAAAAGGAGUAAUAAUUUGUAUGUUGAUGAAAGGGUUCACUUCAGUAUUCAGGGGUUGAAUUAUGGAGGGCCACCCAAAGAUAUUCAAUCGAAGGAUAAGGGAAUUUUCAAUGCUGAUGAAAGCUCUCUCGCGGAUUUGGAUAUAAAAAGGAGUAAUAAUUUGUAUGUUGAUGAAAGGGUUCACUUCAGUAUUCAGGGGUUGAAUUAUGGAGGGCCACCCAAAGAUAUUCAAUCGAAGGAUAAGGGAAUUUUCAAUGCUGAUGAAAGGAGAGACAGAGCGAUGAUGCGACACUUGACGAGAGUGCGAACUGGUGGCUUUUCUUCUAAGGCAAAUGCAAAGAAUUUUGAUGCGGAGGUUUCAAAUGCAGAGGAUAGUGAUGUUGAAGAUGUAGAGGAUAGCGAUGCUGAAGAUACAAAUUCUGAGGAAUUUGAAGCUGAUGAUGAUACAAAUUCUGAGAAGUCAGAAGACGGCGUUACAAAUUCUGAAGAAUCUCAAGCUGAGAGUUCAAAUUCUGAAUCAGAAGCUGAUGAAGCAGAAGAUGAAGAUAUAAGUUCUGAGGAAUCUCAAGUUGAGAGUUCAAAUUCUGAAGAAUCAGAAGUUGAUGAAGCAGAAGAUGAAGAUAUAGGUUCUGAGGAAUCUGAAGCCCAGGAUAUAAAUUCUGAGGAAUCAUCAGAAGAAGUUGAGGAUUCAGAUGAUGAGCCACCAAGGCCCCUCAUUGAUAUAAGGGGCGUAAUUUGUAUACUGUAA